CCACAGAGCGUUAGUUGUGUGAUUUGUAUGAAUUUGGGCCAUCUUCAUUAUGACGCUACCAUCUAGGCUUCCGGAUGAGUACCGCACAGCGGCCCUGGUCUUCUAUUGCUUCAUCUUCAUCAGCGGCGUCAUCGUCAACCUGAGCGCUUUAUGGGUGUUCGCCCUGAGCACCAAGAGGAAAAGCACCAUCACUGUGUACAUGACCAAUGUGGCACUGGUGGACCUCAUCUUCAUCCUGUUGCUCCCCUUCCGGAUGGUCUAUCUCCACUGGGACUUCUGGCCCUUUGGUGACAUUUUUUGCCGCAUCAGCGCCGCCCUUACUGUUUUCUACCCAUGCAUCGCCUUGUGGCUUUUCACUCUUAUCAGCGCCGACCGAUACAUGGCCGUCGUCCAGCCUAAGCACAGCAAGGAGCUGAGGAAUGUCCCAAAGACGGUGGCAGCGUGUGUGGGUGCAUGGCUUAUGACACUGGGAAGCACGAUUCCCUUGCUUUUCCCGGGUGGGGGCUACCAGGACAGCAACUUCACUACUUGCUUCAAAGUGCAGGAUGUCAUCUGCCUGCGGCGCGAAGACUCCGUCAACUUCGCCCGCGUGGCAUUUUUCUUCCUGCUCCCCAUCUGCGUUAUGAUUGGCUGCUACGUGGUGGUUGUGGACAACCUGAUCAACGGGCGCACCUCCAAGCUCAAUCCCAAAGUGAGGAGGAAGUCCAUCAGGAUCAUCAUCACGCUCAUCGUGCAGGUUUUGGUGUGUUUUGUGCCAUUCCAUGUGUGCUUGGUGCUGCAUUUAGUAGGCCUGGACAAAUACGAGGCCUUCUGGACGUGGGUCGUGUUCUCCACGUUCCUCAUGAACUUGAGCACGGUUCUGGACGUCAUUCUGUACUAUAUCGUCUCCAAGCAGUUCCAGGACAGGGUGAUCAGUGUGAUGCUGUACAGAAACUACCUGCGAAGCGUCAGGAGGAAGAGCAGGCACACGAGCAGCCUGCGAUCCAUGAGCAACGUGACCAGCGCCAUGAUUUGAAACUUACCCACUGCAGUAAAAAUGUACAAUAGUCAUUUCAUUUACCUGGAUGUAAUUUACACUCACAGUCUGGGAGCGCUGCUGUCAGGGGGAAAACAUCUGUGUGUCGAACUGAUGGACCCACCCGGGAGACUUCAGAGCGCCUCUGCACAAAAACACAAAAACAACACAAGGUGUUAGUUAGCAUGCAGGUGAAAAUCAGGCUCACAAUCAUUAAAA